UGCUACUGUGAAUUUCGGUGCUGAUAAGAAGAAGCGUUCGCAUAAUUUUACCGGCGGGUUUCGAUAUUUGUAUUCUUUUAUUUUUAAUAAUUGACGUUGGAUCAAACAAUAAACCAUGCCAGAAAAUACCGAAUUAAACGCAGAACCAACAACUGUUGAGGAAUCGGCUGCUAAGAUAGCAGAAAAAGUAACCGGGGUUGAGAAUGGCACUGCUGCAGGAGAGUCGCCGCCGGUGGCAAGCUCGGAAGCCGAGGUUACGCAUCCAAGCUAUGAAUUGUCCAAAUUUAAGUUGACGCGUAUUUUACAAAAUAAUACAAUGCGAAAAACUAUAGCGUUGUUGGGCUCAUUCCCCGAUGUUUCUACUGUUGAUGUAGCUGUUGUGUUGCUUGAGAAACAAGCAUUCAAGGAGCGUGAUGUGCAAACUGCGAGCGAGGAGGGUGCUACUGAAACUCCAAGCAUAUUCAGUGCUGCCCUGCAGGUGCAUACGGAGUUCAUCAACAACAUUUAUGGCAGCUUUCGAUGCAUUCCCAGCACUGAAUUGAAUGGCAUUAAGACGACAGUGGUAUAUCCAGCUACAGAGAAGCACAUUGAAAAGUAUUCGUUGACUCAAAAGUACCUGAUUACUGAAACUCCAGCGUUAUAUGAGCAGCUAACUUUGCCGUAUAUAACGAACAGCCAAUUUAGUUUAGAUUGGGUAUACAAUAUACUGGAACAUCGUCAAGAAACUGAUCGUAUUGUGUAUGAAGAUUCAGAUCCCGAAACUGGCUUCAUACUCUUGCCCGACUUGAAGUGGGAUGGCAAAACUUUGGAGACACUGUAUCUUCUUGCCAUUACGCGCAAACGCGAUAUCAAAUCUUUGCGUGAUCUCAACUCUACUCAUCUGCCGCUUUUGCGCAAUCUACGCGCAGGAAUUGCAGAAGCUAUCGAAAAGCGUUACGGUUUAUGCGCCUCACAAUUGCGCAUAUAUUUUCACUAUCAACCAUCAUUCUAUCAUCUGCACGCUCAUAUCAAUCCGGUGCGUGGCGAUGCGCCAGGUAUUUGGUGUGAAAAAUCACAUAUGCUGGAUAUAGUCAUAAGCAAUAUUGAAUUGAUGUCGGACUAUUAUCAGCGUGUGACACUGCCAUUUGUUUUGUUCGAGGACAGCAAGCUGUUAGAUGCAUAUGAAGCCCAAAAAGCGGUGCAGAAGUGCGCAAAAAUAGUAGAGAACGGGAUUGAAAAAAAUGAAGACAAGGAGCAAUGUAAUGCUGAUGCUGUAGAUGAACCACAAGCAAAGAAAUUAAAAUUAGCAGCGGAUGAAGCAAAUGCUGAAGAACCGCCAGAAAGAAAAUUGAAGGAGACACCAACCAUAGAGGUUGCAGUGGAAUAAAUCAAGAAAAUUCAUGUUUUUGCACUUAAAUAAUUCCCAAUAGCAGCAAAUUAAUUUGAAAUGUAAAAAAAUGUGAUGCAUGCAGGUGCAGAGAAAUUCAGGUAACGAAACUGUUCACUUCACAAAUCGUUUAUUGAAAAAAGUAUUUGUUCCAAAUAAACAAGCGUGUACCCCACACAUUUGCUCAGCGCUGUACUUGACUAAAAUGCGGGGGGCUAAGAGUAAAUACACUUUUUUGCUUGGCUUGAACGAUGAUAAAUGAAGUGAACGCAGUAACAAAAUAAAUGCGCAGAUAUCUGUUAGCCAUUCCGUUGUUGUUCAAAAGGAUAUUGUUUGAGGUAAUUUCCAAGGUUUUGCUAAGUCAAGUACAUACAUAAUAUUUUACUCUAUAAAGCCAUUGGCGGCAAAUGAGAACACUUCUUAAAUGCUUUUCUCUGAUGCAAAGAUUUUCAUUAAAUGAAAAUUGCAUUCGUUUAUUUGCUUGAUUUUGUGUUUUUUUUUUAUAAUGUUGAUUUAUGGAUGAAGCAUUUCAUUAUGAUUAUUAUUGAUUUAUUAAAUUUUCCUUGGCAUUAUAAUAGACACUUACAGUUUUUUGCCGUGUUUUAUGCACAAGGUUUAUCUUUAUUGUGUGUGGGUGUGUAUGUAAAUAUGUAUGAAAUUUAGUAUGCGUGUGUUGUAUCCAUGCAAGGAUUCUUUAAAUGUACAUAUGUAUGUAUGUAUGUAGGUAGUACAUUAUUGUUGUUCUUGCUGUUUGCUGUUUCUUUUUUUGCAGUGUAUUUAAAAUUUCAAAUACCAUAAAUACAUUUAUUAAGCUUUUCCUAGAUGAUUCAUAUGCGUAUGUCUGGCUUUCAUUCAGUUAGUGCUCGUACGCAUGACAUUUCAGAGCUGUCGCGCCCGUGUCCAGCAAGCAGCAACCAAAACAAUCACAUAUCAAUUUGCAAUGGCAUUGUGGAUGGCGCUACGCUGCGUAUAACAACAAUAUUGGCUACAAAUUAAAGUCUCUCCAUAAUGAUGCCAUUUAUAUUUGCUCCGCACGUACUCCUGCUAUGCGUCGCAGAUGCUGUUAAGCACAGCUUACAAAAUUUGAAUUGAAUUGUUG